GCUCUCACACAUUUCCCUCUCUCUCUGUUUAUUCCAGUGGUGACAGGGUUACUGAGUGAAUAAGCAGCCUCAUCUCUCACAUUUCCCUCUCUCUCUGUUUAUUCCAGUAGUGACAGGGUUACUCAGUGAAUAAGCAGCCCUCCUCUCUCACAUUUCCCUCUCUCUGUGUGUUUAUUCCAGUAGUGACAGGGUUACUGAGUGAAUAAGCUGCCCUCCUCUCUCACAUUUCCCUGUCCUUUGCUGCUCUGGGUUGAACAGUGUUUGCUGUAAAAUGGCGGACGGCGAGCUGAAUGUGGACAGUCUGAUAGCUCGGCUCCUGGAAGUACGAGGAUGCCGCCCUGGAAAAAUUGUACAGAUGACCGAGGCUGAAGUUCGAGGUCUAUGUAUAAAAUCAAGAGAGAUCUUUCUCAGCCAACCUAUCCUUUUGGAAUUGGAGGCACCAUUAAAGAUCUGUGGUGACAUUCAUGGACAGUACACAGAUCUUCUGAGGUUGUUUGAAUAUGGAGGAUUUCCCCCUGAGGCAAAUUACUUGUUCUUGGGAGAUUACGUAGAUCGAGGAAAGCAGUCUCUGGAGACCAUUUGCCUCCUCCUAGCGUAUAAGAUCAAAUACCCAGAAAACUUCUUCCUAUUGCGGGGAAAUCAUGAGUGCGCCAGUAUCAAUCGCAUCUAUGGCUUCUACGAUGAGUGCAAGAGACGUUUUAAUAUCAAACUCUGGAAGACGUUCACAGACUGCUUCAACUGUCUGCCUAUUGCAGCCAUUGUGGAUGAGAAAAUUUUCUGUUGUCAUGGAGGACUGUCACCAGAUUUGCAAUCAAUGGAACAGAUUCGCCGAAUCAUGAGACCAACAGAUGUUCCUGACACAGGUUUGCUGUGUGACUUGCUGUGGUCGGAUCCUGACAAGGAUGUUCAAGGUUGGGGUGAGAAUGAUCGUGGCGUGUCUUUCACCUUUGGAGCUGACGUAGUCAGCAAAUUUCUCAACCGGCACGAUUUAGAUCUAAUAUGUCGUGCCCAUCAGGUGGUUGAAGACGGCUAUGAAUUCUUUGCGAAACGCCAGCUGGUUACUUUGUUUUCUGCUCCAAACUACUGUGGCGAGUUUGAUAACGCUGGAGGAAUGAUGAGUGUUGAUGAAACAUUAAUGUGUUCUUUUCAGAUUCUAAAACCUUCUGAAAAGAAAGCAAAAUACCAGUAUGGAGGUCUGAACUCUGGCCGCCCUGUUACGCCCCCUCGCACGGCAAACCCGCCCAAGAAGAGGUGAAUAGCAAAGACAGCCCCAAACACCUUAUCAUUUGUACACAGAGAAAGUUACAAGUAUACCAGUUCAUAUUCUAAAGUAUGUAACCUGUAAGCACCGUUCAACCAUCUGCUACUGUCUUUGUGAGCCUCAAGCUUGUAAAAAGAAAUUAAAUAACUAAGUCUUUUUGAAAAAAGGUUUUCCAGUAAAUACGCAGGUGUGGCAUAUUGUAAUGUAAAUCAAUAUAGUACAGUAACCAGUGCAUUUUAUUAAUAUUUUGUCUGGGCUGGGAUGAAGGUUAACUAAGGCUGGGAUGAAGGCUAUCUUUUCAACCUUCAAACUUUAUCUGGUAAUCCCCUUGAAUCUUGCAAUGAAAUUUACGGCUUCUGAUUUGGUUAUUUAUUUGUGAAAUAUGUACCUGCAGAUACAGAUAUGGUAUAGGCACCAUUAAGGCCUGUUGCAAAAACUAUAGAUGCAGUCUGGUAACUAGAAGCUCCAUACAAGGACUGCAGUAGUUCACAAUUAACCAGUCCAUGGGAUGUCUCAUGUUGGUACCAGUAUGGUACUAUUUCAUGACACAGCUGAACAGUACCAGUCUGGUUUCAUACCAAUUGAUGCUUGCUGUCCACCUUUUUCUUCGUAGUCACACUGUACACUAACUUUUAUAUGGGGGUAUUUAUUUGCCCUAUGGUAAUUCUCCAAACUGGCUUCCAGGCAGUCUAUACGGUACUUAAUUUAUAAAGACAUUGUAUGGAGAGAAUUGAAUAUCAAUAUUAGAAAGUAAAUUUAAUGCAACGUAGCAGCAAACUGUUGAAUUAAGUUUUUUGAAAUGGUUAAAAGCCAGAGGAAAGUUCAAGGGAAUGAGUUUUUUUUCCCCCGAGCUCUAGAAUUAAAUGUUUUAAUAUGUUUUUGUGUAGGGCUGCAUGCAACUUGUGGCUCCCAUAAUUUACUGAUUUCAUUUAUGCAUGCAUGACCCAGUUAAUAUCUGAACUGUUGCACAUGAUUUUGUGUCAUCAGUAAUCAGAAAAAUUAACAAAGAACUCCAAGUCGCAAAUCUUUUUCAAGCUCUAAAGAUCCAUCCCAGUCCUGAGAAUUUACAUUGUUGUAGGUAUGGGGGAGGGGUGGGGGGCUGAUGUUUGCUUGCCAUAAUUUGGGAUGCCAGAGAAUUUGAAUGUACGCAUUACGUAAUAGUCUAAAGGUCUUUUCUUUUAAAUUAAAACCACAGUUGCAUGAUUUACUUAUGGAAAAAGCAGCCCUUGUUUUCAUGGAUUUGUGUUUAUAUUCUGAAGAUUGAAACUGUAGCUUUCCAAAGGCAAAAUCUGAAGUGUGCCGUCUUUGAGGGCUUUUCCCUUAUUUAUGUAAAUCAGUUAUACUGAAGCCUGAGGGCGUUAUUCUGUUGAGAUCGUUUGUUAAGGAUGCCUAUUUCUGUUGUUUUCAAUACAAUCUUAUGCCUGAUACAAUGGUUUUAUUGUUUCUUUUCUCUGCGAAUUGUUGCUGUUUCAUGUGUUAACCCUUGCACAGUCGAUUGUUGCAUCAAGAAGUCUCCAACUUUAUAUGAAAAUUAGGAAGAAUAAUGUAAAACUUUAAAUGACUAAACUGAUUUUAGAUCAUAACUAAAAAAGACAAGUGCCAUGCCACUUGUGAUAGCCUACAUAAAGUGGUGCUUCCUUCUGGAGUGCUUUCCUUUGCUUAUUUUGUUUCUUCCAAUGCCAGAUAGUGACAAUAUUGCAUUCCUUUGGAGCAAAAGAUUCGGAUUUUGCUGUUGUGCUGGGGUUUCACCCUGCCUGAUGGUGGCAUAAGCUUAGGGACUAUAUAAUAUUUCACCAUUUAUUGUUUUGCACUGUGCAGGGGUGGGUAAGGUGUUAAGAUUUUAUUAUCUGUUUGUGAAGUAGGCAUUGCAUAAAAAUUGUAGAUAAGUGUUUAUUUCUACGAUUUAUUUUAAGAACGUAACAGUUGAGGAUUAAAAGAAAGGGUAUUUGGCUUGAAAUGCAUCCCAGCUUUUCCAUUUUAGCAUCUAGAUAUUAAAUAAUGCUAAUAUUUCUGCUUUGCACCGUCUGGCUCCUAGAAUAUUCUAAACAAUUAUUACACUUUAAGUAAAGAAGUUUGUUUUAAAUUUACCUUUUAAUAUUUUGAAAUUAUUUAUUUUGGUUUCUCUCUCUCUCUCUCUCUCUCUCUCUCCUGACUUACUGCAAGUUCACCUUUACCAUUUUACAUAUCGCAAUGAGACCGUUCCAUAGCCACUGCAUUAGAACUUGAACCUCUCUCAUCUCUUAUGAUUUAUCCCCCUUAGAUCCUCAUUGUACCUUCUCUAUCGCAGUACCCCACAUGUGGUCUGAACAAUACCAUGUAAAUCCUUCAUAAUUUCUGGAAACUUGUACAUUACUGCCUGACUUUAUAUCCCCACACUCAAUUAGUUUUCACAUUGUUUCCCCAUGUCAUCUAGGUAUUAAAAGUGAAUUUACAAUUACCCCAGAUACCUUUCCAAGUAUCCUUGUGUAAAUUGAAUUCCAUUCAUUAUGUACUUGAAACAUGUUUAUAGAAUAAUGAGGAAUAUUACUUAACAGCUAUCCGUGUUAAAUUUCUGUUGCCAUUUAUCUGACCCAUCCCUGUCUUCCUAUAGAUCGUUUGUUGACUCCUGUUCUGCUGCUGCUCUUGUUUUAUUGUCAGAAAUUUGCUAGCUUGUGUUGUAGAUAAUGGGCAAAUAUCCAAAUAUUAACUCCUUCAACAUUCAACAGUUUUGCUCGCUUCUCCUCACUUCUGAAGUCUGACAGUAUGCCUCAUUUUUCUACUUUUUCAACAACUUAUUAUCCAGUAUCAUGUUUUUACUUCAUUUUAAAUAUUUCUUGUAGAACAUUUUCAACUCUUAAGUAAACUAUUACUUGAAGUUACCAUUUCUGCAUACCCUCAGAAAAAGUUCAGAAAAUUUAUUGAGCAAGAUCUUUCCAGUUCUAAAUGAAUGCUGGCUUUUAAUUUAUCAAUAAGCAUUCCUCUGGCUUCUGCCUUAUAGUUUUAAAUACUUUAUCUGUAGGUAAGGCUAAUAGGCCCAUGUUUGCUUCACUGGCAUUUUUAAAUAUUAGCUAUUUUUCUCCUCCUCUUCACCUCCAUAAUGCAUCAUGAAUUCUUCUUAAAAUGUACUGAUUUUGUUCAUCAAAUAUUCAUGUCUGAGUAAGCCUUGCCAAAUAUCAGUUAAGAUUUAUUGUGGUGAGGCCCUGGCUGGAUUGAUCAACAUUUAACUAUAAAUGGCACUGUGCUUAUGUUUUUGUAAAAUAAAAUAAAAAUUCCCUUGGAAAAAUUGGUAAAUUCAUCUCUCAUCUCGGAGCCUAUACCAGAUUUUGCAUCUGCUGGGUUUGUUUUGGGCCCAUUCAUUCAGCAGGAUUGAUUAUUGUGCAACAAAAGACUAUUUGGACAGUCAAGUCUCUGGAAAGAACUCCUUACAUAUUAAUGUUGGUAGAAACUUGUUAACAGCAAAUUAGCAGAAAAUAGAUAACAAAAUUAAAACAUUGUAUUAAAGUGUACAGCUGUCACAGUAUGGAACACAGCUGAUAAAGACCCUUGUUUGUUUACAACAGCAGUUGCAGAAAAACUAGAUAUUUAAAUUAACUUCUAAGCCUUUUUGAAAUAAAAUUGCCUGUUUUUGUUUAUUUGUUUUCACUAUUAAAAUUCUUAGGAUUAAGUGUUGCACUUACUUCCCUCAAACCUUCUUCCAAAGCAUCGUGCAACAAAACUUUGUUCACUGCAAAAUUCUUCAGGCUACAAAUUUUCAGAAUCCACUUUGUUUGUCAUCUUUGAAUAAAUUUAUAAAAACUCA